UGUUCCCACCCUCUCUUGAUUGUAGGACGUUUAUUUCUUUCUUUUAUUCUGCAAAUCUGCGUCGUUCUGCUUGUGUAACAGUAGACCGUUUUCCAAAGCAAAGAGCCAUGGUUCAAGCCAAGACCUGGGUCCUGACCCAUCAUUUUGAAGGCUUUCCGAAGGACAGCAACUUUGAGUUGAAGCUAGAGACGCUGCCUGAGCCUAAAGACGGAGAGGUUCUUCUGGAGGCAUUGUUUCUCAGUGUGGACCCAUACAUGAGACCGUUCAGCCGAGUGCGGAUGAACGAGGGGGAAGUGAUGAUCGGAACUCAAGUGGCCAAGGUGAUCCGGAGCAACAACCCGGUCUUCCCUCUGGGAUGCCACGUGGUCGGCAGAUGCGGCUGGAGGACUCACACCGUGUCCGACGGGGCCGGCCUGACCCACCUACUGUCUGACUGGCCGCAAGAUGUCUCCAUGUCCCUGGCUCUGGGGGCCGUCGGCAUGCCCGGGUUGACAGCCCUGUACGGUCUAGAGGAGGUGCUUGGGCUGAAGGCCGGGGAGACACUGCUAGUGAACGCUGCGGCCGGGGCAGUGGGCUCCAUCGUCGGCCAGAUCGCGAAGAUCAAGGGCUGCAGGGUGGUGGGCUCCGCCGGUUCUGACGCCAAGGUGGCCUUUCUCAAAGAGCUGGGCUUCGAUGAGGCUUUCAACUAUAAAACCGUUGGCUCUCUGGAGGAGGCCCUGAAAAGCGCAUCGCCCAGUGGAUACGACUGCUUCUUUGAGAACGUGGGAGGCCCCUUUUCCAGUGUGGCUAUCCCUCAGAUGAAGGAAUAUGGAAGGAUCGCUGUGUGUGGCAGCAUCUCUACCUAUAACGACGCCACUCCACAGACAGGCCCAUACCCCCACCUGACCAUGAUCUUCAAGCAGUUGAAGAUGGAGGGCUUCAUGGUGAGCAGGUGGGAGCAUAAGAAACCAGAGGGUCUGCGUAGACUGAUCACUUGGAUGAGAGAGGGGAAACUGCAGUGUCGAGAGCAUGUCACUGAAGGUUUUGAGAAUAUGCCUGCAGCCUUUAUGGGAAUGCUACAGGGAGGAAACAUUGGGAAAGCAAUUGUCAAAGUUUGAGGGGGCCUCAAUAGAUACUCUAUAACCCACAGAAUUUAGGGAAGAUUUUAAUCUACAUACAGUAAUAGCUAAAAUGUAACCCUAACAUUGCAUUCUGGAAUUGUUUUAUUGUAAAGUACAUUCAUAACACCUGGAAAAUCAUUGUUUUAUUGUAAAGUACACUAUUACACCAAAUUAUUACUUUGUCUGAUUUAUUAAAGUAUUUCAAAGGUU